AACUGAUGGGGCAGAAAAGAGAGAGGAGGAAGUCAGGUUAGGUAUAGACUGCUGAUAAAGAAAGCGUGAGGGAGUCUCCUCUUUCCUUGGCCCAAGUCCUCAAACCAUCUCUUUCUUCCACUCUCCAUUAUAUUAAAAUUCCUUCUCCCUCUCUCGCUCUCUCUUCAAGCACCUAUUUUUAUACGCCCUCUCUCCCUGUUGCUACUCCACGUAACAUACAUUAGUCCACUUCCUCUCGCCUUUCUCUUGUUUAAUCCUUUCUUCUCAACUGCCACCCAAAACUCCUUCGCAUUUCUCACGACAUUCUUCCCCCUAAUUCUUUCCUCAAUCCUGCUAACAUUUGCUGCUUUUAUUUCUCCUCCCAUUUAGGGGAACAUAGCAACAAAUUCCUCAUGGAUUCUCAAGUCUCCGUAGCUCUUGCUCUUUCACUCGUGGGUGGUUUGAGUACUUCUAUCGGGGCACUUAUUGUAAUAAUUAAUCAAUCUCCCAGUUUGAAGAUGCUUGGGCUAUUACAGGGUUUUGCUGCAGGUUUGAUGCUGAGUAUAUCGUUCUUUGACCUGGCUCAUAAUGCUUUGAACUCACUUGGCUUCUUCAAAGGCAAUCUUUGGUUUUUUGCGGGUGUCAUAUUCUUUGCUGUCGUGGCCAAUUUUAUCCCAGAACCAACGCUUGCUCCUGCUUCAGAUAUGAAGAGUAGAAAGAAAAAUGGGGAUGAAGGAGGCAAGGACAUAAUGAAGAAGCGUCACCGCCAAGUUUUAUACAGUGGGAUAAUUACAGCUAUAGGUAUAAGUUUACAUAACUUUCCAGAAGGAAUGGCAGUGUUUCUUGGAUCCAUGAAGGGCCUUCGUGUUGGUCUUAACCUAGCAUUGGCCAUUGCUCUGCACAAUAUCCCAGAGGGUGUUGCAGUUGCGCUUCCUGUUUAUUUUGCAACGCAGAGCAAGUGGCAGGCAUUCAAAUUGGCUUCACUUUCUGGCUUUGCUGAGCCCCUCGGUGUUAUUAUUGUUGCCUAUUUAUUCCCUAGCAGCUUAAGUCCUGAGAUUCUUGAAGGCUUGCUUGGAUCAGUUGGUGGAGUCAUGGCCUUUUUAACACUGCAUGAAAUGCUGCCAUUGGCAUUUGAUUAUGCGGGACAGAAGCAAUCUGUUAAGGCCGUGUUUUGUGGGAUGGCUUUCAUGUCCGCAAGCCUAUAUUUUCUAAGCAUCAGUUUACCAGAGGAUAUGAACUUGUAGCUGGGAACAUGUGUCUUCCAAAUGAGACGCAUUCUCCCCGUGUGUGAUUGAGGUGUCCGUGUUGACAUAAACUGCAUAGUAGCAUUAUCCCAUCUGAUUUGAGACGCCUGGGCUGUCAAUAAGAAAGGCAAGAAUGUACAGUCAUUUGCGGAGGAUAUCAGACAAUCAAUAUGGAGAUGCAUCUCCGACUUCAUGAUUUACCUUGAAGAAAGAUGUACAGAGAAUUUGAAAAAUACCAUCAAUAAUAUUGUAAGCCGUCUGUAGUAUUUUAUUAAACCUCCUAUUCUGCGUAAGAUGUCUUUAAUGUAACUGCAUAAGAAUGCCAUUACCUGUUUAGCCAUCAACUUUCUUAAACUGCGCUGUUAAUGAACAUUUGAAGGAUAAUGGCAUAAUUGUUAAUCCAUAAGAUUUCUUGCCUCCA